AUGACCGCUGAAUCACGAAUCAACCACGAUGCUACCACACCCACGGAAUCAGAUCUUCACGCUCUAACUCAAUUCCAGCCACCGGCUCUCGGUCAGCCCGGAAUGAACCUCGGUCUCAGUCUAAGCCUUCAAAGCUCUGGUGAAUUCUUCCCCAAAUCCAUCCAAACCCCGGCCUUCAGUUGGGCACCCUCCCGUCCAGUCUAA